AAUGCUUGAUAUAAAGAGGGCACUCCAUUCUAGGACAAGACUAACCAUUAUACCUCCUGUUCUUCUCCGCUAUAUCUUUCAAGCUGUCUCCACAUUGUCUUUCUUCAUCUGAAGCAAACAUAAUCCCUCCGGACUUCUCAACCAAAAAUGCCUGAACACCAAACACCUUCCUACGGUAAAAAUAACAAUAAUCCCUUUUUCCUCUAUCCGAAUAAGCCUUCAACUGUGAAACGUCUGGAAGCGUGGAGUGGUUGGGGUUCUGGUGAUUCUCAAAAUAAGUGGGUUGUCAAAGGAAUCAAGCUCACUUGGUUCAAUGGGGAGCAGAAAUCCAUCUAUAACCACGCCAAGGAUGAAGACAAAUAUGCCCAAUACGAGUUCGGAACUGAUGAGAGUGCCGAUUGGAGCAUACGGUCGGGCUGGCGCAUUGACAGGAUCGAAUUUGAUACAAGUAAAGGCCACCACUGGUCCGCUGGAGGUGACUCUGGUGACCUUCAUUCGCACAUUGCGAAUGGCUUCCUUCUGGGAUUUGAAGGAAGCGCUGGCUGGGAGGUUGACUACAUCAGUAUGAGAUACAAGUCAGCUUGAUAAGACUACGGCAGUGGGUAGUAUCAUACAUUAUGCAAAACAAAUAAUGUAUGGGAAUGGUCAAGAAUGUGGUCGUUAAUCAAAUGCUUAUGGCCUGUGCAGGUUUUCCCCUAUUAUUCUAGCUUUAGGUUUCCCUGUACUCUAAUGCAAAUGCAAGGCAGCACACUUAAUAUAUCGCUUCGAUCCACGUUUUUAGGCUUAACGGGCACCGCUAACCCAAAAUCCGUAUGCCACCGUCGUCCACCCGCAUUUUUGGGGACAGAUUGGAGGCAAAGAGUAUGCUGGACACCUGUUGCCUUUGAUUUCGUGGCGCAAUGCUCAUAACUGGCC